AUGUACAAGGGUGGUCUUCCAUGUCGAAGGAAAUUGCCCUGUGGAAAUGGCGACUUAAGAAGACAUAGAAAAAAUAAGAAAAAAAAAUAUAGACACAGAAAUAAAUACAGUACUUCAAGCAAAUCCAACAAAUCUAAUAGGUCUAGUGAAUCAGCAUUAUCAUCUGGAUCAUCAUCAUCAGCAUCUUCAUUGUCUGGCUCGUCUUCAGACGAGAAGAACCCGGGUAACACUGUCCACAAAAACAAGUAUAAGCAAAACUGGCUUUGGAAUCGUUAUAUGGACGGUGAUCGUAUGAAUGUAAACCUUUAUGCGCCUCAAUUUAACAAUCUGGGUCCUUCUGGAGCUGAUCUAUUCUUUGGCCGAAAGUGGUGGUACUUUAAUCAGGAUAACUAUAAACCAAUAAGAUGA